AUGGCCCCUCUACGGCCCCGCUUCGACCCCGCUACGGCCCCGCUUAGGCCCCGCUACAGCCCCGCUACGGCCACCUGUGGCCCCGUCGCCCACUUCGGCCCCAUCGCCACGUGCGGCCCCGCCCACUACGGCCCCGACGCCCACUACGGCCCUGCCCACCCUUGCUGCCUGCCUACUACUGUUAUGGCUUCCCCUAGCGUUCUCACCUUUGACGCAGAGGGUCGGGCAGUGGACUUUGACGUCUGGGUAGAUGAUCUGCAGAUUUUUCUGCAGUGCGAUAGGGCAGACGGCCUCUCCCUGUUUGACCUCACUUCUGGUGCCUCCCCUGCCCCUGCUGCUGAUGCUGACGCCACUGUUCGCUCACAGUGGGCCACACGUGAUGCUGCUGCUCGCCUUGCUGUGCGCCGCCACUUACCGACCACUGAGCGUGCACACUUUAGCCAGUACAAGAGUGCUCGGACCUUGUGCGACACUGUAGUUGCACACUACUCUUCCCCUGCCACUUCUGCAGUGAGCCGCCUCAUGCUACCGUACCUCUUCCCAGACCUUGCUGCCUUUCCCACUAUCGCUGACCUCAUUACGCACCUCCGCACUAGUGACACUCACUACCGCGCUGCGCUUCCUGCUGAGUUCUGCGCCAAGAACCCCCCCCCCACCAUGUACAUCACCCUCUACUACAUAGUCACCCAGCUCCCUAACUCACUUCGGGUAGUCAGGGACCACUUCCUCGCUGUUUGCCCCACCACUCUCACCGUUGACCUCCUCGAGAAGGCCCUCCUAGCGAUAGAGAAGAGCAUAGUCGCUGUAGGAGCCUCUCGUGGUGACCCUCGCACCCCCGUCUUUGAGGGGUGUUCUCCCUCCCCCCUCUUGCCCUCUGUUGCCUCUGCUGCUGCGGCCGACCUCGUUGGUUUUGAGUCGGUCGGCGCUGCGUCUGCCCCGAGCGAGAGACGCCGCACCGGCAAGGGCAAGGGGGGCAAGGGCACUAGAGGGGCUGGAGGGGGCGGUGGAGGUGGUGGUGGAGGCGGUGAAGGGAGUGGGGGUGGUGGUGGGAGUGGUGGCGGGGGUGGCGGCAGCGGCGGCAGCACUGGAGGCGGCGGAGGCAGUGGAGGUGGCGGAGGGAGUGGAGGCGGCGGAGGUAGUGGAGGAGGCGGAGGUGGAGGAGGCGGCGGUGGUGGAGCGAGUCACGACUCUGCGCAGAGGAGUGGCGCCGGUGGUGGUCAGCGCCAGCAGCUCCACCGGAGUGGAGUCACCCUGUCCCCUCAGCAGUUUCGUGAGUGGUACACUUCACGCCAGCGCGGUGGGGGUUUUGGUCCCUGCUCUUACGUUCUCCGUAUCGGCGACCGCACUGGUGAGCAGUGCGGAGGUCCGCACUCCACCAAGCGCUGCUUUGGUCGCCUGAUGGACGCGUGGCGUUGCCACUUCCCUGAGGCGUCAGAGAUCCCUCGCUGGGGAGAUCUGGCUAAGGCCGGGGUUGCUAUCUUUGAUCUUGACUUUGAUGCUUUUCUUGCUACCAUGUAUGCUGUUGCAGAUAGUCUUGAGGGUGCCAAUUACCGGUGUGUACCGCCUGACCCGGGCAUUGAGGCUGCUGCGCUAGGUGCUGGUGAGGCUGCUGAUCUAGGUGCUAGUGCGUUUGCUGCCCCAGGUACCAGUGCAUCUGCCACCCCAGACCGCACCACUCUUACGCCGCUUAGUCGGCCGGUUGCAGUCUCCCUGGCAGACCCCUCUGAGGGUUCUGUCCUUGCUAGCUUCUCCACUGUCCUUCCGUGCCCUGCAGCCCCCUCUGGCACCCUGUCUGGUCUCUACCUCCCCUCGUUCUCUACGAAAUUGGUGAGUGGAGCGGACCUACAAGAUCGAGGGGUUGACCAGUUCACUGCUGCGAGUCAGCGAGUGACCCACUACACGUGUUCUCGGACAGGCCGACACUUGGCCACGUUCACCCGUCGGCCAGGGUCGAGCCUGUACUCCCUUACUGCUGAGUCUCCUCCUACUUCUGAGUCUACCCAGGUAGCUGCCUCGAGUCAGGUGUUUGCUGUGGCGUGCAAGUCUGGUCUUGAGUCUGCCCCGUGCUCGUGUUGUCUGCUGUCCCACCAGACUCUCCUUUGGCACCACCGCCUUGGUCACCCCUCCUUGCCUCGUCUCCGAGGCAUGGCCUCCCGUGUCCUUGUCUCUGGUCUUCCUCGGUCUCUCCCUCCCCUUCCUCCGGGGCCUGGCCCUACCUGGGUCCCCUGCGUCGAGGGGCGACAGCGCGCCGCCCCUCACUCCUCCGAGUUUCCUCCGACAAAGGUUCCACUGCUGACUCUCCACAUGGACGUGUGGGGCCCAGCCCGCGUCAGUGGGCAGGAGAGAGAGCGGUACUUUCUACUGGUCGUUGACGACUACUCGCGUUACACCACAGUCUUCCCCUUACACAGCAAAGGUGACGUCACUAAGGUGUUGAUCGACUGGAUCCGCGCAGCUCGUCUCCUGCUUAGAGAGAGUUUCGGCUCGGACUUUCCUGUUCUGCGUCUGCACUCGUACAGAGGCGGGGAGUUUUCCUCUGCCCGUCUGGGAGCCUUCUGUCGUGCACAAGGCAUCCGCCAGACCUUCACGCUUCUGGCCUCUCCACAGCAAAAUGGGAUUGCUGAGCGCCGCAUUGGCAUGGUCAUGGACGUCGCUCGUACAUCGAUGAUGCAUGCGGCUACCCCCCAUUUUCUGUGGCCAUUUGCGGUUCAGUACGCCGCGCAUCAGCUCAACCUUCAGCCCCGAGUCUCCUUGCCAGAGACCUCCCCCGCCUUGCGGUGGACAGGGAAGGUUGGCGAUGCGUCUGCGUUUCGGGUCUGGGGAUCUCGGGCGUUUGUCCGCGACUUGUCUGCGGACAAGCUGUCCCCCCGUGUUGUUCCUUGUGGCUUCCUUGGCUUCCCCACGAAGCGUCGUGUUCUGUCCUCCCAGGACGUCACCUUUGACGAGUCGGUGCCUUACUACCGUCUCUUCCCCUACCGCACUGCGCCCUUCCCCCCGCUGCCGCUCUUCCUUGCGCCACGUGCUACCCAGGUAGACCCCCUCCCCCCUCAGGGUCCUGCCCCGUCAGGUGUGUCCCAAGUAGACGCAGUCGAGCCUGUCGAGGUAGCUGUUGACUCUGGUGCUGCUAGAGGUGCUGAGCCUGCGGGUGCCGGGUCUGGGGGUGCUAGGUCUGGGGGUGCUGAGUCUGGGGGUGCUGAGCUUGGGGGUGCUGAGCCUGGGGGUACUGAAUCUGGGGGUGCGGAGCCUGGGGGUGCUUGGUCUGCUCAUGUGGCCGCCGGCGGUGCUUCAUCGAGGCGGGAGCCGCUCUCUCCACAGGAGUUGCGCGAGUGGUUCGCCCGCCGGUGGCGACGUGCUGCUGAGUCUGGGGGUGCUGCUGGAGGUACUGGUGCUACUGGAGGUGGAGCUGCUGGGGGUGUUGGCGCUGGUGUUUCUACUGGUGUUGGUGCGUCCAGGGGUGCUGCUGAGGCUGCUGGUGCUGGCGGUUCUACUGGAGUUGGUGCUGCUGGAGCUGGAGCUGCUGCGGCUGUUGGCGCUGGUGGUGUUGCUGGCGCUGGUGCUUCUGAGGGUCCUAGAGCUGGAGCUGUUGGAGCUGGAGGUGCUUCUGGCGCUGGUGCUGCCGCUGGGGGUACUGGUGCCGUCCUUGCUGGUUCUGGAGGCGCUGAGCGGCCGAGGCCGUACUUCGUUCCGCUCCUGGAGCAGAUUCUUGGUCUCACGCCCUCUCCUGGUCCUACUCCUCCCUUAGAGUGUCCACAGCCUGUCCAGUCGCAGUCACAGUUACAGCCCGCCUCCCCUCUACCUGCUCCUUCUCUUUACACUGGUCCUGCUGGAGGUCUUGCUGAGCGUCGUGAGCCUGCGUCGCCUAUUCGUGUUGCUCGCACUAGUCGUCGUGUUGCGCGUCCGCGUCCUCCUGCGGUCCCCGGCACACACCAGAUGGCACUGCGUCCUUCCUUUGCUCCUCUGCAUGUCCCUUCGUCGUCUCCUCCAGAGUCCUCUCUUCCUUUUCUUGCUGACCCAGAGUCUGACUCCCUUCGUGCUGCUAGUCCUUCAGUCACGCGCCUUCUUGCGACUGUUGUCACUGACCCUUCCGUUGAGUCCACUGCUGUGUGUGCCCUAGUUGCUGAGCUUGUCGACUUCGCUGCUUGCUAUCGUCUAGACUACGCUGCCAGUCUCGUUGUUGAGUCUGAGUUUGUCUGUCCUCCGUCUGUCGGGGGUGAGUGUGCUCUUAGCGCGGACGUCCUUGAGGACAAGCAGGAGGAGUUCCAGUGCUUUGCGGCUGCUUUGCCCCAUCUCGUGUCCACGGUGAUUGUUUCUGAGGGAGACCCGGAUGCAACAGACAUCCCGACUCCUCAAUCCUACGCUGAGGCGAUCGAGGGUCCCUACUCCUCUCAAUGGCAGUCGGCCAUGGACGCAGAGAUGGCUUCCUGGAAGUCCACACGCACCUACGUCGACGAGGUUCCCCCACCUGGGGCGAACAUCGUCAGUGGCAUGUGGAUUUUCAGGGUGAAGGGGCCGCUUGGCUCUCCGCCUGUCUUCGAGGCGCGUUACGUGGCUCGUGGCUUUAGUCAGCGGCAGGGAGUUGACUACUUUCAGACCUUCUCUCCCACCCCGAAGAUGGCCACUCUUCGGGUACUGCUGCACAUAGCCGCUCAACAUGACUACGAGCUUCGCUCUCUUGACUUCAGCACAGCUUUCCUGCAGGGGAGCCUGCACGAGGAGAUCUGGCUGCGCCGCCCUCCUGGUUUCACUGGGUCGUUUCCUCCUGGUACCCAGUGGAGCCUUCGGCGGCCGGUCUACAGUCUCCGCCAGGCGCCCCGUGAGUGGCACGACACACUGAGGGCUACACUUACGGCUCUUGGGUUUGCUCCUUCUACAGCCGACCCGUCGCUGUUUCUGCACACCGACACUUCUUUGCCGCCGUUCUACAUCCUCGUGUACGUUGACGACUUGGUCUUUGCCACUGCUAACACUGCUGGACUCGCCCACGUGAAGUCAGAGUUGCAGAUGAGACACACGUGCACAGACCUAGGUGAACUGCGUAGCUACCUUGGCUUGCAGAUCACCCGGGAGAGAGCACGCCACACCAUUACCCUGACUCAGUCACACAUGGUGCAGCAGGUCCUUCAGCGCUUCGGCUUCACGUACUCCUCGCCUCAUGCCACUCCUCUGUCUACUCGCCACUCGCUCUCAGCUCUGCCUUCGGAUGAGUUCGUAGAGUCGAGUGGCCCGUACUUAGAGCUUGUUGGCUGGCUCAUGUACUUGAUGACCUGCACACGACCUGACCUUGCAUACCCUCUUAGCAUCUUGGCACGCUAUGUUGCUCCUGGCAGACACCGACCAGAGCACAUGGCUGCAGCGAAGAGGGUGUUGUGCUACUUGUGCAGUACGUCAGGCAUGGGGCUAGUGCUUGGAGGGCGACGUCGAGGAGUCUUCACAGGUCACGCUGAUGCUUCUUGGGCUAACCAUAAGGCUACGCAGCGGUCGUCACAGGGUUACACCUUCAGCCUUGGCUCGGGCUCUGUUUCCUGGCGGUCUACCCGCUCGUCCUCUGUUCUCGGCUCCAGCUAUGAGGCUGAGAUCUAUGCAGGGGCCAUGGCUGCACAAGAGCUACGCUGGCUCACCUACCUGCUGACUGACCUAGGAGAGCCGCCUCGUUCUCCUCCAGUUCUGUACGUAGACAACAAGGCCAUGCUGGCCUUGUGUCGGGAGCACAAACUGGAGCACAGAACGAAGCACAUUGCUCUCCGCUACUUCCUGGCUCGUGAGCUGCAGCAGCGUGGUCAGCUCUGCCUCACCUACGUGGCCUCUGAGGCCAACACUGCUGAUAUCUUCACCAAGGCGCUUGCGCCUUGUGAUCAUCAGCGCUUCUGUACUGUGCUAGGUCUUGUGCCUACCUGGCCUCACUUGCUCACUUCUUGA